CCCCUCUUUACUCUGCGCGUGCGCAUUGAUGUUAUGGGUACAAUAUUUUGAAUGUGCUAUUAACGAAAGAAGAGGUAUGGGAGUCGUAAGUAUUCAUCAGUUUCCUAUCCCAGAAGGAAAAAGUGGACAGCAGGCUGCUGAAUUGUUACAAAAAAGAUUAGAAACAAUUGGAGCUGUUAAAACUGGUACAUUUUGUGUUGAAUGCGAGACUUAUUAUGCUGCACCUCAUAUAAAUCCUAAUAGGGCGGUUAAUAUAAUUCAUAACAGUGAACAUCCAGUUACUUGCUUUGCAUUGCUGGAUACUGGAACAUGUCUAACUGCUGAUUCUCAAUUUGAUAUGUUCAUGAUGAAAAUGGCUGGCAUAUAUAUCCCGAAGAAAGCUACAAAAAUUGAAUCUAAAGGACCUCGUUACGAAGUUCGAGAUUUCGUCAUUAAAUUAGGAAGUGUAUCUAUUGGACCAAGUUUUAGAGGAAUAUUAGUUGAAGUUGAAUAUACACCUUGUGUAAUUCCUUUUUUUUGUUGGGAUUUGAUGCGAGAAUUACUGCAAGGUUUCAUGGGAAACAGUGUGCAGUGCCCUUCACAAUACCUGCAAGGAAGAAUGAAUGAAAUAUAUACAGCUAUAGACACUGUACAACAAUACAUGGAACAUUUUAAUUCAUUUCGCAGGUUACCAUCUGGUGUAAGUAGUUGAAAGAAAAAAAAGAACCAUUUUAAGUCAUGUGCCUCUUGUUAAAGGAGAGGGAUGAUUGUCUGGCAAUGAUGAAAAGGGUGCUGCAGAUUUGGUUUGGGCAAUUGCAGAUAUUGUCGUUCUCAGCGUACGGUUUGUAUUAGCCAAUUCCCAGAUACACAUACCAUCUUCACACUUUUCAAAAGUCUCUUUUUCACCUCCAUGAUAUUCCUAACCAUUUUUUACUUGAUUCUUCUCAUUAAUUCUCUUAAAAUUUAACAAGUUUACAAAAAACACAAUGUGAAAACCAUUUUUAGCUUGUCUCUUUUCAUUAACUUUCUUAAAACUCAAUGUUAACAAGUUUAAAUUAUGGGGAAAAAAAUAAUGUGAAAAUUUAGGGUUAUAGUGUGGAUAGUAACAGGCAUACUGGUGCUCAUGGCCUGUCAUAGCAUUGUCUCCAACAGUGUAAAUAAAAGAUAUGCAUGCAA